GCCAAUAAACAGGCGCUAUGAGAGGCUGAGAUAAAAGCCAACCUGUAUCAGUUAAAUGGCAGUGUCUCAGAUAUCUUGGGCGAUAGAGCAAAAAUGAUUAUAUUGUGUUCCUCUCUGAUCUGGAGUUGAUGUUUUGAAGAAAAAAAGAUGAAUUAGUUUCUAACCGUUUGAUGUUUAAUUUAUACAUGAGAAUUUCGAGGCUACAAAAAAUAGCUUUAUUAAAAUCAUUAUUAGUACUUAAAUUGGAAUUUGAAAGUGUUGUUUUUAUUUUCAGUUCCUACCUAAAAUCUAGGUACAGAAUAACUAUUAAAGUCAAAUAUAGAUAAUUCAGAGGGAAUUAUGUAUUAAUGUGUUCCGAACAUGAAUUAUAAUAUGUGUUAUGAUAAUGAUUAAAGCUCUGAUUACAACAAUACGCAGUGGAAAGGAACUCUAUAAUUAUACCAUGAAUAUUUUACUUAGUUCAAUAUUGAAGGUUCUAGCCUAUUUUUCCUACAUAAAUAUUUCGGAAAUAUAUAUUGUUGAUACAAUUCUAAAUGAAAAUGUUUUUGGAGUCAAACCUGUGUAUAUCACAGAAAAUGGACGCUAUAUAUACGAUGAAAAUAAUAAUAUGAUUCUUUAACUUUGUGACAAAGUUCUGAAAGUAUACAUAAUGAGUUGAUAAGACUGUGGUACAUUGAGUUGAAUAUAUAUCAUAAUACUUUUUACGCUAGAAAAAAAUAAUGUUUGAGGAAGUUACAACUUGAGGAUUCCGUUGCCACCAAUAUCUGUUGGAAUUUGUUUUGUGGUAUUUCGACAUCGGUUUACGUUGACACAAGGAAGUAAAAUUUUUGAAGGUGUGUCUGGAAGAAAGCAUACAAUGAUGAUGGCUUUCCUUGACGAACUUGAAAAUCUGUUAUACGGAACAUCAAACGACACGGACCAGGAAAAUCUAGAAGCCUUUUUCAAUGAUUCAAAGAAUAUCUCUAUCAACGGUCAACUUCUAGACGAAGGAGACAUCCUAGGAUGGAGUCAAAUUCUGCUGAUUUUUGCAUAUGGCAUUUUAAUUGCUAUUUCGCUGUUUGGAAAUAUUCUCGUGUGUCAUGUCAUAUUCAUACACCGGCGUAUGUGGACUGUGACUAAUUUUUUCAUAGCAAACCUUGCUGUUGCUGACCUGUUAGUCACGUGUAUAAAUGUUCCAUUCAAUAUUGCACGAAAUUUACUUGAUGAAUGGCCUUUCGGUUCAGUGAUGUGUCAUUUAUUGAAUUUUUCGCUUAUGGUGUCAGUUUAUGUGUCAACGUUUACAUUAUUAGGCAUCGCCUUAGAUAGACAUCAAGUUUUACUUUACCCUUUACAUCCAAGAAUGAGCCGACCAGUAGGGAUUUCAGUGCUUGGAUUUAUCUGGCUCCUUUCAAUAUGCCUGUCCUUACCAUUUGGUAUGUAUAACAAAGUCCAAAAAGUAGACUUUUUAUUGAAGAAGCUUGACAGAUGCACAACAUCGUUCCCAUACCCAAGUGAACGUUGGGAAAAGUAUUUAACUGUUGGAACAUUGCUAUUACAGUAUGUGAUUCCUCUAACAGUAAUUGGAGUUACAUAUGGUCGCAUUGUAAGGAAACUUUGGGUUCGAACUCAUGUAGGGGCUGUGACCCAAAACCAGCAAGCAUCCCAACAGAAAGCAAAACGUAAAAGCAUAAAACUUUUAAUAUGUGUGGUGGUAAUUUUUGCUAUUUGCUGGAUGCCUUUGAAUCUGUACCAAGUGUUAGCGGACUUUCAUCCUAACGUAGAAGUGUUCCAUUAUAAUAGCACAACAUUCUUCAUAUGCCAUUGGAUCGCGAUCAGCUCAACGUGCUACAACCCUUUCGUUUAUUGUUGGCUUAACGAAACUUUUCGUGCAGAAGUGAAAGCUCGUUUCAAAUGUUGUUUGCCGAGACCUAAACGUGUACAUCCUGGUACUGACAUCAAUGGAACUCUGUAUAGAUCGGAUAGGGCGUACCAACGAAGACAGUCGAAAAGUUCAAACGGUCUGAACAGAACUUCUAUUUCAAAGGUUUGCGAUAAGUACAAAGUUGAUAUUGACAUCUCGACGAAGGAACAAUCCGAGUUCUUGACGGAAACAGCCGUGAAUCCGAGCAGUGAUAUCUCGCGAAGUGCAACAGACAUUAGUGGAUCGACUGGUUCUUUGAAAACGGUCACGGAGUCACCUGAAUUAGUAUUCUUUUCAGAAAGAGGAGAGUCAGUAGAAUAUAUUCCUAAUGGCAUUGUUACCCACAAAUUGUAAUUAACAUGGCAUAUUUCUAUAGUCGAUAAAGAAAACAUUAUUUUCGUUGUUUGUUUUAGAGAAACAGAAACUGAUUCCUUGAUGCACUACAUAAUAAUAGCACCUGGACGCCGUUUCAUAACACAUUACAAUGUUUCUGACUAGCAAAUAGACCUCCCUCUUGAAUUGUCAGAACAGACUCCUGGCGUAUCCGAUCAGGGAAUGUAUGAACAAUUUUAACAAGCAGUAUUUUAGAAUGAAUGUAUAUGUAUAUAAUACUUUUAUUUCCUUAAAGAUACAAUUAGAUGAAUAAUUUAUAUUCUGAUAAGGGUGAAAGGAUCAUGUUAUUUACAAUAUGACACUUUUAUUAACGAUGGUCUCGAGUUGUUUACUUUUGGGCAUAUGCCAUACCAAAAAGUUUAUAUUUAGAUGCCGCAUCAAUUGUAUGAAUUAGUUUCCAAAACACUAACUGGAGAAAAUAUCCAUCUUAAUAUGUGGAAAGUAUCUUUUUGUUACAGGCGCAUAAGACAAGUGUGUAUCAUAAUUUCUGAUGCCGUUUCGUAUGUCCAAUUUCUCUGUAACUACUUUACAUAUAGCAUGUAAAUAGAAAGAGUUAUAAAAGCACGUUUUAAAGUUUAUUUUGAUAUAUAAUAUGUAUAUAUCUUAUUUUUAUGUUUUUUUGUACAGAAAUAUGUUAAAAUGACGUCCCUUUGCACUUAAUGCCAUCAUCUCCUUCGGGUAUUUCCAAUAACAGUUCAUGAUACGUCCUUUUCUAUCAUGGUAAUGCUUUGCAUUUCUAAUUUGUAGCAAGGUUUUAAUCAACUACAAUUUUUAAUGUAUAUCUAUCGACUAUAUAUUUCUAGAACUCAUCCAAAAACGAAGUCGAUAGGGGAAACCAUUCAGGUAAAUGAGUGUCGAAGUAUGACGUCAUUUUGAGCAUUUUCUCUAAAAACCAAAAUUCAAAAAUAAUGAAUAUGAUCAACACGUUAAAUUGUUUUAUGUUAUAUUGUAAAUGUAACUUUACAUUGUGUGUAAUUACUCUGUUUUUACAUGUAAAAAGUAAAAAUGGUUAUUGUCAAAGCAGACAUACGAAAUGGUAUCGGUUAUUCAAAGAAAUGUGGUGCAAGUGCAGAUGUAUGUAGACGUCAAUGUAAUAUCAUUAUCUUCUUUGAAAAGCUGACUAGCUUUCAAGCGAACUCUUAUAAAUCAAAAUGAAUUACUUCGCAAAUUGUGACAAAUUAGACACGGAAGUACUGUAACGAAUCACUGGCAAUUAAAAAUGCACCGAGUUUACAUCUUAAAGAUCUUAAUGUGAAUCUGUAAGCAACAGUAAAGGAUGAUAUAGAAUUAUUUAGAUGUUAACUUUAACUCAAAAACGCAAGCAGAUAUAACAAAAUAAAAUUUUAGUUACUAGUAUUUAUCCCAUAUGAUAUAAAAUUUGAAGUAUAUGCGUUCAGUUAAAGUCAGAAAGAAGUAAGGAUCGGAAAUGUGGGGCAAAGUCACAUUGAUGUUGCAAGUUCUUUUUCCGAAUUUAAAAUAUUCAGCGAACAAAUGUUAUAUUGAGUCAAUGUCAAGGCACAAAUGGUACGUUUUUGCUUCAGUAAAUGUGCGAAAUAUAUAUUUAUAUUAAUUUGAUAUUUGUUUUAUCAGUUUUGUAACCUAUGACAUGUUGAUCAUUUUUUUAAACAAAAAAUCUAUCUCUUAUAUGUUUUCCAACAUAUUCAUGUCCUUUCUGAUGCGUUCUCGUAAUAUCGCUUAUAAUCUGACAGUAAUUAUGAGGGUUUAUUGCCUAGAUAAAAUAUUUUCAGAAGUAUUCUAAUUUUAUAAGUUUGAGGUCGAAAUUUCGUAUGUUGUAUUAUCUAUUGACCUCCUAGUGCAUUAUCUUGACUAUUUCAUCAAUUAACUAUAAUAAUGAGUCUUCUGUUAAUAAACUAUAUCAAUGACUAUUCUAUUUAUAAACCAAAUUAAUGUAUAUUCUGUUAAUAAACUAUAGUAAUGAGUAUUCUAUAAAUUAAUUAUAGAAUGACAUAUGCCUUGAUGUUCUGCUACUGUUUUUUUCUCGAUAUACUAAUAGUCUAUCAUAUAGAAGGUUCCAAUAAAAUUUCAAGUAGAAAGUAUGUGAAUAAUGAAAGGGUAAAUUAUUAUUCGUUCCUGCAGGAGCUUAUAUUUAAAAUAAGAAUAACAAAUUAAAUAAGAACCUGUUAUUAAAUAUAUGUAUCAUAAUAUUGCAUAUGUGAUAUUUUUAAUCAGUAUUACUUUGAGUAUUGUUCCCCUAAAACUGACUUUGGCCAAUUAUUUUCAUGUAAUAUAUUUUAUAUAAUGUCUAUGUUCGUUUUGAAUCACCAGAAAUGUUUCUUUUCUUUCAUUAAAGAGUAGUUAUAUUUAACUUGUUGUGGAUGUUUUUUGAAAGUCGUUAAAUAUCAGUAUUAAUGAAAGUAACUCCGGAAGAUAGAUGUGUUAAUUUAAAAGAUAUUCACAAAGGACAUUGUAAUAAUUAUAGAAAUUCUAGGUACGAGAUUGAUUUUUAUCACUUGUUUUCUAAGUCUGUCACCGCUGUGAGGCCAAAAUAAUAAGAAAAAAUCAAAUGCGACUGCAAGCAUUCAAUAGCCACUGUUUCGACAUUCUAAUUUUAAAUUUGUUGGAUUUAAAGAAAAUAGGUAUGUUUAUAUGAAAUUAGAAUUAAUAAAAUUGCUUACUACACGUGUUACAUUUGAUAUAAAUCUGUUGAUGUAUCAUUGCAAGAAUAAAUUAUGCUUAAAAUA